AUGACCAUGCAGCACAGAGCACUUGCACAUGGCACUCGUAUAUCCGCCGAGGACACGACACUCUACUAUUACUUGGAAGUCAAAGAUGGAGGCAUCAUCCAGACGUAUCCAGGCACAGCCUUCGAGAAGAGAAAGCAUGUACCACACGACAUGAACAUUAAGGAUCUAAGGAAGGUCCAGGACAAGUUCUUACUCGACAAGAAUGGCUUCCAGCUCGUUCAGCACCCUACUGCCAUGGACAAGGACUUCCUGGACGAGGAGCAGAUCAAAGAUGUGUACUAUCCCGAGUGCCAGAGGUUGAUGAAGAAAAUGACUGGCGCAUCCGAGGUCCAGAUUGUCUCUCACAUGUGCCGGAGACAUCGCUUCGACGAAGCCCAGACGGACGCAAAAGACAAGGAAGACAAAGACUUCGUGACCAAGAACAACCCGGCACGAUUCGUACAUGUCGACCAGUCCUAUCGUGGCGCCGAGCAAUUCCUCUACCUGAAUCUCGGCGAAGAAGAAGCUGAUCGCCGGACAAAGAAACGGUGGGCAAUUAUGAACGUAUGGCAGCCCAUCAUAAACCCGGUUCAACGAGAUCCGCUCGCUUUCUGCGACUAUGAAUCCCUCGACGAGAACGAUCUGCGAACUGUUGUUGCGAACCUCCCACCACCCGGGGCGGGCGAAUACGGCAACGUCUCGAGGAAUAUCAAGCACAAGCAGAAGUUUGAGUACUCAUCCAACGGCGAGACUGCACGAUAUGAAGUGGCGAAUCUGGCACACAAUCCGAAUCAGCAGUGGUACUACGCCUCUGGCAUGACGCCAGAGGACGCAUGGGUCUUUAAGAUAUUCGAUUCAAAGAAGGAUGGCCGUGCGAGGCGGACGCCUCACACUGCUUUCGCAGCCAAGGAGGACUAUGGCCCAACUCGACAAAGCAUUGAGGUGAGGUGUCUUUGCUUCUGGGACGAUAAGCCAAUGGAGUGA